AUGAUCUCGUCAGUGACUCUAUGGAUGACAGAGAUAGCACCUCCCUCGAUCCGUGGCAUUCUCGUUGGUCUCGUCGGAGCAAGCUUGCUCUUUGGAUACGCAUCAUCGCUUUGGGUGGGCUACGGCUUCUAUUUCUUCAAGAGCUCAAAUGCAUGGAGAGUUCCGUUCGUGUUCCAGGGUUUUCCAGCACUCUUAUUGCUUGUUCUUCUCUACUGGCUGCCUGAAUCUCCCCGUUGGCUGAUGCUACAAGGCCGCCAUGAUCAAGCAAGGGAGAAUCUACUAAAGCUUCAUACUCCAGAAGAAGUGGAUGUCGAAUUCUUGCAGAUCCGCACACAGGUUGAAAUCGACAAGACUCUCCCAAGCUCAUACUGGGCCAUGUUCACAAAUAGAAACUACAGAAAGCGAACCCUUAUCGGCAUGGGCACCUUUGCCAGUAUCCAAACAUCUGGAAUUCUAGUCAUCAACAAUUACGGUCCUAUGAUUUACGGCGCACUUGGUUUCGGAGUCGAGACACAGCUCAUCUAUGCAGCUGCUUGGCUCACCUUGGGCUGGGGCGGUGGCUGCCUGGCACUUUUUGUCGUCGACAAGAUCCCAAGGCCUAAGUUCAUCGGCUAUGGCCUCCUUGCCUGUCAAGCAUGUCUAAUAAUCGAGGCUGCAUUGGUGGCCAACUUUGCGGGCUCAGACAACAAGACAGCCCUCCGAGCUUGUGUCGCGAUGCUCUUUUUGUUUGUCUUUAUCUAUGAGUUUUCGUUGGACAGUGCCCAGUUUGUUUACUUGGGUGAACUGUUCCCUACUCAUAUACGAGCAAAGGGUGUCUCGCUGGGCUGUGGAACACUAGCACUGAUGAACGUCAUUUGGCUAUCUGCUGCACCCACUGCUUUCGCCUCGAUUGGCUGGAAGUUCUAUCUAUGCUUUAUCAUCCCAGGAUGCUUUUGUGCCGCUAUCAUCCUGUACUAUCUCCCUGACACACUUGGUUUACCGCUUGAAGAAAUCAAUGCUAUCUUUGAGGACGAGUACAGAGAUAGCAUUGCUGGCAUUGAGGAGGGAAAUGCAAAGGGGUCUUUCUCAGAUAAGAGCCCUAAGGAAGUGGUUAGCAGUGAGUAA